CCCACCGCGGCGCAGGGAGCGGGGCGCGAGAGAGCACAGGAAUCGAGGGAAGGCUGGAGGGAGCAGUGGGGGCCUAAGGCGGAGAAAGCUCUGCAGAUUCCCGGACGCUUCCUAGAGAGGGGGAGCCAGCGAAGCCCUCUGGGGAUGAGCUACAAAAAGGAAAGUUCUGCCUUCCAGUCGCUCCAGUGCAGAUAAUGGAGGCGACAGGGACUUCGCUCUGCUCCAGAUGGGCUUUGCUUUGGGGAGCAGGCGGCACCCUCCCCGCAGCUGGUGCCCAAGCCGACUGCGCGAAGGCCGCAGGAACGGAGCCUCCAGCAGACCCCAUCCCAGGCCCCAAGUCCGUACACAGCGUCCUGAGCUACAACUUUCCGUAGAUAGUUGCAAAAUGAAUGAUUACUCACCUCGGACCAGAUCCAAGUUUUACCCAACAGAAGGGGCACGGGACCAAGAAUGAACCAACUCACAUGGCCAUAUCCGGUGCGCACAAUCACACACAAACACACAGCCACCCAGUUUCUUCCACGAAUCUGUCUGGCGCUCUGGAGAAAAGGGGGAAAGCGUUUUGAGAAUGCUCCAUCUCCCCUCCCCUUCCCCCUUGCCAUGAAAUAUAAUAAUUCAUUUUUAUUACAAGAGCAGCACUGUCCUCACCAGCACGCACGCACAGAGCCACACUCCCAUAUUCACACUCUAACUCGUCAGCUCCGACAGCGCCUGCAUUUUCUUUGGGAGCCGCUUGGAGGUUCAUUAAUAUCAUUAGCAUUUAACCCCCUCCCUCUUCCCAUCCCCUCCCCGCACAUGGCUGACGUCAGACCCCGCCAGGAGUUGGGGGAAAAGCUAAGUGGGCCAGGGACGCCCUAUUCCCCUCCCCGCGGCUGCCUGUCAGAGCGCUUCUGGAGAUAUUACAGGGGACCCAGCCCGCAGCGACAAGCACAAAGUCACGGGGUAAUGAACUUCGGGGACCCUUUGCUGCUCUGUGCGCGGCUCUCCCCGGAAACCGGGACCUGGCCGCCUGUUUCCUCGGAAGACUUCCCAGCAAUCUAGUUUCCCACUCCGCUCUCGGGUUUGGGCAGCGCGGAGCCCAUCUGCCUGAGACCGCGGUUGUGUUUUCCUUCUUUCCUUAAAAGAGCAGCGCUCUGUAGAGAUCUGGCCACACUCCGCAUGCCUAAUGUAAAAGGAGAAAUUGAAGACUGAGAGACAGGAAUGGGGAAAGAGAGGGAUUUUCUCCUUUUUGCUCCGUAGGAAGACCGUUUUCGUGUCUCCAUCUCUGUCCUUCACUAUUCCUCUCUUGCUGUCCUCCUCCCAUCUUCCUCAAUCUGCCUGUCCGUCUCUCCGUUUGUCUGUCCAUGCGCGUGUCCCUACCAAGCAACAUUCCCAGCAGCUGCGGUUUUGCAAGAGCCGGGAAGAAACUUGAGGAUGCUUAAAUUCCCACCGUGGAACGAAUUCUGAGCGCCCAGGGAGCAGCGCAGCGCGCAACCGACACCCACCUGUCCGGCCCGGGAGCCUGCAGGCUGGAGGGCGGCUGGAGAGCGGCGGCGCCGGGCGGUGAGGCGGGCGCUGCCGGCCGGGACUCGGGCAGCGCCCACCAACCGCUCCGCCCGGGGACAGCCAGCAUGAGCAAGCCGGCCGGAUCAACAAGCCGAAUUUUAGAUAUCCCCUGUAAAGUGUGUGGCGACCGCAGCUCGGGGAAACACUACGGGGUCUACGCCUGCGACGGCUGCUCGGGGUUUUUCAAACGGAGUAUCCGGCGGAAUAGGACGUAUGUCUGCAAAUCUGGAAACCAGGGAGGCUGCCCAGUGGACAAGACGCACAGAAACCAGUGCAGGGCGUGUCGGCUGAAGAAGUGUUUGGAAGUCAACAUGAACAAAGAUGCCGUGCAGCACGAGCGGGGGCCUCGGACGUCCACCAUUCGCAAGCAGGUGGCCCUCUACUUCCGCGGACACAAGGAGGAGAACGGGGCGGCCGCGCACUUCCCCUCGGCGGCGCUGCCCGCGCCCGCGUUCUUCACCGCAGUCACGCAGCUCGAACCCCACGGCUUGGAGCUGGCCGCGGUGUCCGCCACCCCGGAGCGGCAGACUCUCGUGAGCCUGGCUCAGCCCACGCCCAAGUAUCCCCACGAAGUGAAUGGGACCCCGAUGUAUCUGUACGAAGUGGCCACGGAGUCUGUGUGUGAAUCAGCCGCCAGGCUUCUGUUCAUGAGCAUCAAGUGGGCUAAGAGUGUACCAGCUUUCUCCACGCUAUCUUUGCAGGACCAGCUGAUGCUUUUGGAAGAUGCUUGGAGAGAACUGUUUGUUCUAGGAAUAGCACAAUGGGCCAUUCCGGUCGAUGCUAACACUCUACUGGCUGUAUCUGGCAUGAACGGUGACAACACAGAUUCCCAGAAGCUGAACAAGAUCAUAUCUGAAAUACAAGCUUUACAGGAGGUGGUGGCUCGAUUUAGACAACUCCGGUUAGAUGCUACCGAAUUUGCCUGUCUGAAAUGCAUCGUCACUUUCAAAGCUGUUCCUACACACAGUGGUUCUGAGCUGAGAAGUUUCCGGAAUGCUGCCGCCAUUGCAGCCCUUCAAGAUGAGGCCCAGCUAACCCUCAACAGCUACAUCCAUACCAGAUACCCCACACAGCCCUGUCGCUUUGGAAAACUCCUGUUGCUUUUGCCAGCUUUACGUUCUAUUAGUCCAUCAACCAUAGAAGAAGUGUUUUUCAAAAAAACCAUCGGCAACGUGCCCAUUACAAGACUGCUUUCAGAUAUGUACAAAUCCAGUGAUAUCUAAGCUCCGAGUCCCCGCUUUUCAGGAUGGGACAGUGUCUGAUGAACUUCUACCCGUGGAGAACAAGCCUCAACUAACAAACCCUUCAGGAAGCAUAAACCUGGGAAUGUGUAGCCUUCAGAAAAACAUGCCAAUGGACGCAAAACAGUUCCAGUCGCUUUGACCUGCUGCCUCCCCCAGGGUAGGGCAGCAGGGAAGGAAAGGGGGUGUCACAGGACCACCGGAGCCGAGAGAACUCCUUGCUGCCGCGCCCUGGGAGGGGGGCCAGAUCGGGGGGGUUGCCGCAGGCCGUGCCAUCCUGCCUCUUACCUGGAAGACCGGGCUGAACUCUCAAAAGCUGAACCGUCCGUAGAACUUUCUUUUCUUUUUUAGCAUAUGAAGUUGGGUAACCAAAUAGAGCUCUGUGUAUAACAUCAUACGGCAGCCUUCAGAACUAUUUUACGUUGGAGAAUUUAUUUUAAAAAUAAUGGUUAGGUUUUCAAUCAAAAGUUUUAUCAAAAGUUUUUCUUCUAUCGUAAUACAUCAUGAAGUGGCCUUCAGGACUGAGUUAGUAAAUGAAAGGUAGCUUAUGCCGUGAAACUUGUUUUCUCUCCUUUCUCUCUCUUUUGUUCUUCCCCUUCUUCUUCCCCUCCUUCUCCUCCUCCUUCUCUUCAAUACCAUAGGCCAGGCAACCUUGUCCAAGGAACUGGUGGACGAAAAUGAGAUUCGCACCAGGACUUGAGCUUGGAUAACAUCUCAAAAAUAGAAGAGCUUUACUAAAAAGAACGCAAGUUGAUGGAGGAUGGAUAAAAACAGCAAAACCAAAUAAAGCGGAGGUGAAGGCGGAGGGAGAUCGCUGUCCCGUUAUCAAAGUGCUGAAACCAAAGGCGAUGGGGGUCCAAACUCGUGUUUCGGCGAGUCACAGCAAAGUAGCUGAACAGAGACAUGACGCCAGAAGGAACCACAUGGAGAUGAAGGCUAAGAGGUUUCUUGAUUGAUCCAUGGCUAACAGCCUGAGACUCUUCAAUGCCUUUCAGAAAACCGGUUUCUAGUAAAGCCUUGAACACGCGCAUGCACACGCACAUGCACACGCACACGCGUGCGUACACACACACACACACACACACACACACACACACACACCGUCCUACACUAUAAGCUGCUCCUUUGGUAUGAAUCUAUACUUAUGGAAAUGUAGAAACAACCAUUUUAAAAUAGCUGCUGUACUUUUCACAUUUUGAUUUCUUAGGUACUAGCAACUGAGGAAAAAUAUUCAGCACUUGGACUAUCAUAGGAUGAGUAAAACUUUUCUUGUACAAAGUGAAUUAACUGAUUUGUGAAGUUAAAAGGUUGUACUCAUUGUAUUUACAAAGAAUAAAAAUAUAUUGGAUUUAAA